GUAGCAACUGUAGAAACAAAAGAAACUUCUUUUACGUGCCUCAGUGACAUUGUGCGAACGUUAGCAUACGUGUAGCUAUUUGUGUGCCUUAAAAAUCCGUCUAGUGUCAAAUGUCUAAACCCGCUUUGGAUCAGCUAUGAGAAUUUAGCCUUUGGCAAGCUGGGGGGUUUGGAAUCAGGACUGGUGUGGCGUGGAUGCGCCUGAAGUUUCGCUGUCAAAUACGGGCGACGACUAAAGACUGAAGAUUGCAGCCUGGGCGAACACGACUUACGCCAAGUGUUUUUAUGAGGUGACAACCAUUCCUAAAUAAUGUUUUAGUGUGUUACGUUCGUGUUGUUUUGUUAAUAUAUUUGGUUCGUGACAAAUGUUUGGGUCUUUGCUCUGCUCGGGCUUGCACAAAUUAUGAUUGUGAAAUCUAAUUCAUCAGGUAUUCUUGUCUAAAUGCUUUGGCAUGUUAUCAAUCUCUAGAGAGAUUCUUGUUAUUGUCCCGACACGGGAGAACACGAACAUCAUUUAAGGGUUUUUAGGGAAUAGCAGAGCCCUGUUGUAAUGAGCGCGUUGGAGCCAGCUGGAGAUGCAUGCUGCACUAGGAGCUCAGCCUGACCAGAUGCCCCGGGAGUGUGUGCAGUAGGAGCUCAGCCUGACCAGAUGCCCCGGGAGUGUGUGCAGUAGGAGCUCAGCCUGACCAGAUGCCCCGGGAGUGUGUGCAGUAGGAGCUCAGCCUGACCAGAUGCCCCGGGAGUGUGUGCAGUAGGAGCUCAGCCUGACCAGAGCCAUGGAGCGCGCCCUCCACGUGCACGCGGAGUGUGUGCAGAGAGCCGCAAGGCUGAGUGACGCGAUGACGGACUCUGAACUCAACCAGCCUCACCUGCCACGCACCUUUCAUGUCGAGCAGUUCCACAGCGGUGACGUGCAGAAGAGGCAGGAUGUAGAGGACGUGCAGGACGUGCAGGACAUGCAGGACGACGGGUGUCUCGCCCGCAGGCUACAGGACGAGGAGGAAGAGCGGGCAGCCCGCCUCAGUCAUGCCCUCCGGCAGCUGGCGGCGCGAGAUUGUGAGUAUGCAAAGAUGAUUCAAGAACAGCUUAGACGUCAUGAGGAAGAGAAGCGGAGAAGGGAGGAAGAGGAUGAGGAGAUGGCCAGACAUCUGCAGGAAGACGAGGAACUGCAGAUCAGACGCCACAGAGAGGAGGCUGGUUGCUACGACGACAGCGGGCCCUCACCACUUAGCAAAGGUUUGGAGGCGUGGGGUCAGGUGAGAAGAGAUGCUGAACUUGCCCGUAGAUUGCAGGAAGAAGAGGACAGGCAACCUCGCAGGGAGCAGGUGGAGGUUCAGAACCUGCCCAGGGAGAGACUGAACUCAGAGGGCCUGAGCUCACCUGUGGAGGAGCCCGUUCUUGAUCCGCACCGUCUGGGCCCCCAACGCUAUACUCUAGGAGCGCAUUCUGUCCAUAACAUCGCGGAGGAACUGGACCCAACGUUCAAUGGAAGGAAGAGAGAGAACAGGAGACCCAACAUCCCAUCAGGCAUACUCUUGGCCCCGCGUACCCCACACAGCAUCUUCUAUGACUACUUACCAGAGCCCGCCUUCGCCCCGCCCACCAGGCGCCAUGGCGACCAGUCAGGGGGCGACAGAGCAACGAGAGCGAGAUGUCAGAACUGUAAGCAGCAGUGAUGUGGCGCUGGAGCAUUCUGUGUGGCGCAAGAUCUGAGAGUCUACGCUCAGUCCACCUAUAGCUGGAACAGGGAAUGAUCAGCUUCAGGAUUCAGGACUGGAAUAAAGGUUUCAGUUACAUGACAUGCGGUACUGAACUGAUCAGACUUCGUGCAGUUAAUUAAGUCUUGUUCACUUUCUACAUCUUUUUUUGUAAUGAACUCAAAUUCCAUACAAGAUUGAUAUAACUUCCAGAAGUAAUUAUAAAUAACUCACUUACACCUUUACAGUGUUUCAGAUCUCAACAGACUGUGUUCAUAGCUGAAUGUUAAAUAAAAAAGUGUGUAUUCUGUGUUCA